AUGAGUUUGCGCCAAUUGUCCUUGAGAGCUGUUCGUCCAGCUUCCCUUUACCGUGUUGCUCCAAUCGGUGUUCGUUGUUUGUCCACUCAAACGCCAGAACAGAAGAAGGCCACCUCCAUCAUCGAUGCCCUCCCAGGUAACUCGCCAUUGUCCAAGACUGGUAUCCUGGCCACCGCCACCGCUGCCUCUGUCUACGCCAUCUCCAACGAGUUGUACGUGUUGAACGAGGAGUCCAUUCUCUUGGGUACCUUCAUCGCCUUCUCCGCCAUCGUUGCCAAGGUUGUUGCUCCAUUGUACAAGGACUGGGCUGAUGAGAGAAUCAAGUCUGUCUCCGACAUCUUGAACUCAUCCAGAACUAAGCACGUUGAGGCUGUCAAGGAGAGAAUCGAAUCUGUCUCUGAGUUGAAGGAGGUUGUCGACACCACAAAGGCUCUCUUUGAGGUGUCCAAGGAGACCGUGGAGCUCGAGGCCCAGGCCUUUGAGUUGAAGCAGAAGGUUGAGCUUGCGCACGAGGCCAAGGCCGUCUUGGACUCCUGGGUCAGAUACGAGGCCUCUGUUCGUCAAUUGGAGCAGGAGCAAUUGUCCUCCACCGUCAUUGCCAAGGUGCAAAAGGAGAUUGCCUCCCCAGCCUUCCAGAAGAAGGCCUUGGACGAGGCCGUUGCCGAGGUUGAGAAGAUCUUUGCUGCUGCCAAGUGAGUGCUCUGUUGCUUCCAUUCUCUAGAAGAGAGGUUCAUAUCAAUAUUCUACCCUUAGACGGCCGAGAUUACGAACGUGGACGAGGGUCUUCGAGCAAGCUCCACCGGGAGAGAACAAUCAUCAUCUAAAACUACACCACAAGCCAAAAAAAUGAAUAAGAUACGUUUAUGAUUACACAACAAUUUCAUGAGAAACAAGCAAGGAAUUGUCCUUUUAGAGGCUCUUGUCUUCCCUGUAAACCUCACUGAUUGAGCUUUCUCUUCCUCUGUAUCGUGGACGGAAUGAAGCUCGUGCCAGAGGCGGGCUUCACGUCCGCUUCCCUUUCAAUGCUGUGUACUUCAAUCUUGUAGAACUUGGGCUUUGGGCCCUUGGGCAAGGGGAUGUCCAACGGUUUGUCAGA